UAUGCGCUCAUCCGUUCCGCUGGCUGAGGGCUGAGAGAGGAGCGCUCAGGAGGAGAGUGUUAGGGAAACCAGCGACACGCCGCUGCUGUUUUCUCCAACAGAAAAAAAAAAAGGAAAAAAUGGACCGAAGUGUCAGGAGCUGCUUUUCCUCUUGCCAACACUCCUCCUUACUCCCGUUUACUUCCCCCUCUCUCUCUCUGUAAUGCCGUGUGUCUGCUGACUUCUCUCAUUGACUCACUCUCUGCUUCAGCUGGCUGACUGAGUGCCCUGACACUGGGACCACUACCUGCUGCCUGGGGAUUAAGCGCGCUAUGAAUACUCGGAGCCUAAUUUGUUGUUUUGGCUGCCAGUGAAUGUUGGAUCCCCAAAGAGGAGAAGCUGGAGCAUAAAUCCUUGCGGCCAGUACACUGGGAGCGCCUCUGGACUAAGACAACCCGGUAAAAAAAGAAACUGGAUGCUUGAGGAAGCAUAUAAAAGAGAGGCGACGAACCAGGGGACAGAAAGAAAAGGCUGGACAAGUUCUUUCUUGAAAGGCAGAAACAGAAGAAGCUAAAUCAACCUCAGUCUUACGAGGAUCAGGGAGCAAUGAAAACCUUUUCCUCUCAUUAUCUGGAUGGGAUUCUCUGUCAGGGUGCUGACACAAGGGAAGAAAUCCCAACAAAUCUCUGCCUCGAGCUUCUUGGUUGAUUUCUGAUCUCACACAGGUUUUUUCUCCUUUUCCUUUUCCACGAGUUCAUUCAUUUAGAGCGCCUCUGUGUUUUGCUGCUCAUCCGUGGCUGCUUGGGGGAGAAGACGGCUCUGCACUGACAGGUCGAGUGGGGAUUGCAAUCGUUCUCCUCUCCAACUUUUUCCCCCUCUGUCUCUCCGGCACUUCUUCUGUCCUGCUUUCAGCCCCAGCGCACCAGCAGGGUGGGGGGGCCAGCUGCUUGCCCGCUCCAUGAGACUGACCGGGAAUAAAGGUUAUUGAACCGAGGAGUGGCAGGCACGCCGGACAGAGGAAAAACAAACCGUCUCGGUGAACCCCGGGAGCAUAUGGUUUAGCGAACGGCGGCCAGCUGCUUUCCAGCCAUCCUGCUAAUCACGCCACAGCAGAUACAAGUUGCUCCGGUGACGGUGUCAGGUUUGGACGGAUCUUGCGUGCCGUGGUCGCAUAUCUCUUCAACGUGACAGCCAAAGGAGCCAGUCAAGUGGAUACAAAGAAGCAGUUGUGUUGAGUUGGAGGCGCGCUGGGCAAAUCGUUGCUCAGGGAAGCAGCUAACCUUUAUUGCCCCAACAGGCAACAGCAACAGGGAGGCUAAACAAGAUGCUCGGCUGUCACCUCUUAGGGAAAUACUUGUGACACAUGUUGUUGGUGAGCACCAGAGCUUGGCUUGGUGUGUAAAGGCUUUUGACAAAGAAAGGAGGGGGGAGUGCUCCAGGAGCCUGCAUCCCCAGACCCCUUUCACGUCCGUCUCGCUACCAGUCGGGGUCACUGGGAGGAAAGGAGAGGAUUCCAUUUGUGGAUUUACUGUCGGCCUGCUUGGAAGUUUUCUGUGUGGAUAUUUGACAAUUUAACACCCACAUCCUACCUACUGCACAAAUUUCUGGAUUAGGUGCAUCUCACACACAUACAUGCCAAAAGCACACUGACGCACAGUUACAAACACAUUAUCACCACCCACUUAAAUCCACACACAUGUUUGAACUGUAAGUAUAAACCACUUCACAGCACACACACACAUAGUCACAAAUUGAGAGCCCAUUAGUUUGUCUGCAGAAUGGAGGUAGUGUGGACAGGUGGGGGGCUGUAGGAGUCCAACACAGUCCCUGUCCCCCCUGUCUGUCCUCUUUCCCCAAAUGGAUGUUAUUAUCUCAAAAAAUGUGUUGCUUGGAAACCGCUGAAAACUUGCCGCUGCGAUUCUCUGACAGAAACGGUCACCGGGUCCUCGCCACGGUGCACAGUUGGAACCGCAGCUGAAACACCGGUCAUUACGCUGCUUUUUAUUUUUUUUUGCAUUUUUUAAAAUUAUUCAUCUUCAUCGUCUGUCCUCACCCCACCGCCAUCAUUUUUUCCAACGGGUCUUUGGGCACCCGCCGCCCUCCUCGUCCCAUCAUCUCCUCCACCCUGGAGGGGAGGGGGUCGUUGGAGUGGAGCAUGAGCGGGUGCCACUAUCCCUCGCCACCGCCACAGGAGCAGGACCGCCGGUACCAGCACAAGGUAUCCCUGGUGGUGCGCUACUUCAUGAUCCCCUGCAACAUCUGUCUGAUCCUGCUGGCCACAUCGACACUGGGCUUCGCCGUGCUCCUGUUCCUCAACAACUACAAACCACCUCACUUCACACCGGCCCAGCCUCCUGAUGGCUGCAGAGGGAUGUUGUGCGGCUUCGGUGCUGUAUGCGAGCGUGACCAGACUGACCCGGCCAAGGCUGAGUGUGUUUGCAAGAGAGUGGAUUGUCCAUCCUUGGUGGCGCCUGUCUGCGGCUCGGAUUCGUCCACCUACUCCAACGAGUGCGAGCUGGAGAAAGCCCAGUGCAACACACAAAGACGCAUCAAGGUUCUGCGCAAGGGGCCCUGCUCUCUGAAGGACCCCUGCACCGACGUGACCUGCAGCUACGGCAGCACCUGCAUCCAGUCGUCGGACGGUCUGUCCGCUAAGUGCAUGUGCCCCCUGGGCUGCGAGGGCAAGCGGGAGCAGGCGGUGUGUGGCAGCGACGGGAAGGAUUACCGCAACGAGUGCGAGCUCCACCAGUACGCCUGCAAGAACCAGAAGAACAUCCGAGUGCAGUACCAGGGCCACUGUGACCCAUGUAAAGACAGUGAGAACAGUCUGAACACAUUGUGCCUGGUGGAAGCUCUCACCCGUCAGCCGCUCCUCUUCGGCCUGCCGGAGUCGUGCCCCCCGGAUGAGCCUCUGUGCGCCAACGAUGGCGAAACCUACUCCAGCGAGUGCGCCAUGGAAGCAACAGGCAUUCAGAAAGGCAUCAAGCUCAGGAAGAUCCACGCAGGACGAUGCAGAACACUGGAGGACUGUCAGGAGGAGUGUCUCUUCAACGCCGUGUGUCUCGUGGAACAGCUGAACGCCCGCUGCUCUUGCGAUCCCAUCGAGUGUGACGGCACCUACAAGCCUGUGUGCGGCAAAGACGGCAAAACCUACACCAACGACUGUAACCGACGCAAGGCGGAGUGUCACAGCAAAACCCUCAUCUCCAUCAAGCACCCAGGGCCCUGUGAUCUCAACAUGCCGAGCCCCUGCCUGGAUAAGGUGUGCGAUCACGGGGCGGUGUGCGUUGUCAAGAACAACGAGCCAGUGUGCGAGUGCCCUGAGGCCUGCCCGCAGACGUCCGACCCCGUGUGCGGAUCUGACGGCCACAGCUACGGCAGCCCCUGCGAGAUGCGGGCGAUGGGUUGCGCCCUGCAGAAGGCCAUUCACAUCCAACACAAAGGACCCUGUGAUGAAGCUUGUGCCAACUGCUCUUUUGGGGCAAUCUGCGAUGCUCAGAGCGGGGAGUGUGUGUGUGCAACGGAGUGUGUGGAGUCCCACCAGCCUGUGUGCGGCAGCGAUGGCAGCACCUACAACAGCGAGUGUGAGCUGCACGUGCGUGCCUGCAAACAACAGAUGGACCUGCGGGUGGUCAGCCAGGGAGAGUGCAAAACAUGCGGCAACACUGUGUGUGCCUGGGGUGCCCGGUGUGUCCAGAAUAAGUGUGAGUGCCCACAGUGCUCGCACGAGGCCUUCUCCCCGGUGUGCGGCAGCGAUGGCACCACCUACAACAGCGAGUGUGAUCUCCGCACGUCCUCCUGCAUGCAGAAGAGGAGAAUUGAUGUGGCGAAGCCCGGCAGCUGCGAUGAAGACUGCGGCUCAGGAGGGUCAGGCUCAGGAGUGGAGAGCUGCGAACAGGACCGCUGUCGCACGUUUGGAGGAGCCUGGGAUGAGGACGCAGAGGACGAUCGUUGUGUCUGUGACUUCAGCUGCCAGAGCGUGCCACACAACCCGGUUUGUGGCUCAGAUGGAAAAACCUACAGCAACGAGUGCGAGCUGAAGAAGGCCAGAUGUGAGAAACAAGAGCACUUGUUGAUUCAGAAUCAGGGACCCUGUGCAGCGAUUUCAGCCACAUCUCCGCCUGAGCUGACAGCACCCCAGCACUGCAGUCUGUCUGUGUACGGCUGCUGCCACGACAACGUGACGGCUGCCUUAGGAGUCGGGCUGGCUGGAUGCCCCAGUACCUGUCAGUGUAAUGUCUACGGCUCCUACAAAGGAACGUGUGAUCCUGCCAGCGGCCAGUGCUCCUGUAAGCCCGGUGUCGGGGGGCAGAAGUGUGACCGCUGCGAGCCGGGCUUCUGGAACUUCCGUGGCAUCGUGACAGAAAACAUGAGCGGCUGCACGCCGUGUGGCUGCGACGCCACAGGCUCAGUGCGGGACGACUGCGAGCAGAUGUCAGGUCUGUGUUCCUGCAAGACGGGAGUGAAGGGCAUGAAGUGCAACGUGUGUCCAGAUGGAAGCAAGAUGGGCAUGAACGGCUGCGACCAAGGUCCUGAGGCCCCGACAUCAUGUGAAGAGUUAGUGUGCUCUUUCGGAGCUACUUGCAUCGAGGUGAACGACCAAGCCCACUGCGAAUGCCCCUCACCUGACUGUGAUGAGAAAAACAAAACUAAGGUGUGUGGCUCAGAUGGGGUGACCUAUGCCGACCAGUGCCAGCUGAGGACCAUAGCUUGUAGGCAGGACAAGGACAUCACAGUGCAACACUUUGGACAGUGCACAGAAACCAUCUCUGAGCCGGCAGACCGGCCCACCCACAACCCCCCAGCCACCACCCCCAGCUCAACCGCUGCCGCCACCAUCACCACCACUGCCCCCCUUUCCCCUAACAUCGUGUGGGCCAUCCCGCCUCCGAGGACAGAAGAGCCAGAGACCACUGAGCAGCUCACCACUCCCUUUUCCACUCUCACCCACAAACGAGCAAACCACCCCAUCCACAUCCAGCCUCAGGCCGCCACCACCCCCCCUCGCAGCAGCCCCAAUCCAUCCGCCGCAGCCGUCACCUCCUCCUUUGAGGGUUCGGGCAGCGGGGAUCCGAGCGGGGACGACCAAACCGAAGAAGAGGAGGAGCAGGAGCAGGACGAAGAACCAGGUAGCGGCGUCCCAACGGAGGCCAGUGGGGCCGAGGAGCCUGUCGGUCCCACGUUGGCAAGCACCACCGUAUCCACAGCUGAGGGUACCCACAGGUCGUCCUGUGACAACUCCGAGUUCGGCUGCUGCCCCGAUGACAGGACACCGUCCAGCAGUCCAGACGGCGCCAACUGCCCCUCCACCAUGAGGUUCAACGGUUACCUGAACUUGCAGCAGGUGGAGGGCCAGGAGAUCUUCUACACCCCCGAGAUGGAGGACCCCAAGUCGGAGCUGUUUGGAGAGACGGCCCGCAGCAUCGAGAGCGCUUUCAAUGAGUUGUUCAGGAAGUCAGAUGUGCGCAGAGACUUUUUGAGUGUUCGUGUCCGGAACCUGGCGCCCAGCAAAUCUAUCCUGGCCUUUGUGGAGGCCCACUUCAAACCAGAUACAAGAUUCACGGUGACGGACAUCGAAGGAGCGUUGCUGAAACAGCUGAAGGCCUCUAAAGACACGAGCAUCGCUGUGAAGAAGCCAGAGGAAGAGAAUAUUCGCUUCACCAAUUAUGGCCUCUCCACCUCAUUCACCCCCAUCUUCACCACCACGACCACCACCACUACGUCAGUCACCACAGCAGCUCCCACCACAGCAGCUCCCACCACCACCAGGCUCCCGCCUUCAACCACAUCAACCUCCCCGUACUUCACACGCCGCCCGCCAGGCACUACUCGCAGGCCUUACAACGGCAGACGUACCACCACCACCUCAAUGCCGGUAACCACACCGCUACCCACUACCACCACCACGGCAGCUGUCACCACCACCACACUGCCUCCGUCCACCACUGUAGCCCAUGUUAGAGGCAAGCCGCACCACAAGGCCCAGAAGCCUUGCAGCUCUCACCCCUGCCUGCACGGGGGCACCUGCGAGGACGAUGGAAAUGACUUCAGCUGCAAGUGUCCCGCCGGCCGAGGAGGCUCCGUAUGUGAGAAGGUAAUCAGGUACUUCAUCCCGUCAUUCGGAGGCCAAUCGUACCUGGCGUUCCAAACCAUGAGUGCCUACCACACGGUCCGCAUCGCUAUGGAGUUCAGAGCGUCCGAGAUGACCGGCCUCCUGCUCUACAACGGCCAGGAGGGCAAGAAGGACUUCAUCUCCCUGGCUCUGGUUAACGGCAAGGUGGAGCUCAGGUUCAACACAGGUUCAGGCACUGGCACAGUAGUCAGCAAAGUACAAGUCAAUCAGGGCCGCUGGCAUCAGUUGGUGGUGACUCGCAACCGGCGUAACGCCAUGCUCAGCGUGGACAACGAGCCGCACAUCGAGGGCGAGAGUCCACGCGGCACAGACGGCCUCAACCUCGACACCAACCUGUUCAUUGGAGGAGUGCUUGAAGACAUGAAGCAGGAUGUGAGAGAAAGGACCGGGGUGGCCACAGGUCUGGUGGGCUGCAUCCGCCUGCUGGAUGUCAACAACCGGGUGCUCAACCUGCAGGAGAACGGCGGUGACAGUCUGUACGGCAGCGGCGUGGGCGAAUGUGGCAACAACCCGUGCCAGCCAAAUCCCUGCAAGAACGGCGCCGCGUGCCAGGUCAAGGAGGCAGAGAUGUUCCAUUGCAAGUGCAGCAAAGGAUUCUGGGGUCCAACUUGUGCUGAUGUCCAUGACCCAUGCGAGCCCAACAGGUGCCACGCAUCGUCCCAGUGCCAGGCGCAGCCCGAGGGAGGCUACAAAUGCGAGUGUCCCAUGGGACGAGAAGGGAGACACUGUGAGAAAGUGGCUGAGAGGAGAGGGACUUACAUGCCGCUUUUCAACGGAGACUCUUACCUGGAGCUGAAGGGGCUCCAUCUCUAUGGACAUGAUCUGCGUCAAAAGGUCAGUAUGACCGUGAUGCUCAUGGCCAAUGACUCCAACGGUUUGAUCUUCUACAACGGACAGAAAUCGGACGGAAAAGGAGACUUCAUCUCUCUGUCCCUCAAUAAUGGCAUCCUGGAGUUCCGCUACGACCUGGGGAAGGGACCCGCUACCAUCAGGAGCAAGGAACCAAUCCAGCUGAACGUGUGGAACACCAUCAAUCUGGAGCGCUCCAACCGCAAAGGAGAGAUCAUGGUGAACAAAAAGGACCCGGUCCGAGGAGAGGCACCGAACCUGCACGUAGAUCUUAACCUGAAAGAGUCUCUUUUUGUCGGCGGAGCUCCCGAUUACAGCCGACUAGCAAGAGUGGCCGCGCUCACCGAGGGCUUCAAGGGAACAAUCCAAAAGAUCAUUCUGAUGGGUACCCCCAUCCUCAGAGAGGAGAACGCCCUGAGCUCCAGCAACAUCGCCAUGUUCCAGGAGCACCCGUGUUCCCAGGAGCCCUGCCACAAUGGGGGCCGCUGCAACCCCACGCUGGACAACUAUGAGUGUGUUUGCCUCAACGGUUUCUCAGGGGGACACUGUCAGAACACCAUCUACGAGAAGUCUGCCGGAGAGACCGAGGCCAUUGCCUUUGACGGGCGGACCUUCAUCGAGUACCACAACGCUGUUACAAAGAGCCAACUGACCAAUGAGAUCCCAGAUCCUGAGUCUCUGGAGAACCCAUCUGACCAGAGUGAGAAGGCUCUGCUGGUGAACAAAUUUGAGCUGAGCAUCCGCACGGAGGCGACCCAGGGCCUGGUGCUGUGGAGCGGGAAGGGCGUGGAGCGCUCUGACUACAUCGCCCUGGCCAUCGUGGACGGACACGUCCAGAUGACGUACGACUUGGGCUCCAAGCCCGUGGUGCUGCGCUCCUCGGUGCGUGUCGACACCAACCGCUGGAUACGCAUCAAGGCCAGCAGAGCACUUAGAGACGGCUCUCUACAGGUUGGCAAUGAGGCAGCGGUAACAGGGUCAUCGCCUUUGGCAGCAACGCAGCUGGACACAGACGGAGCACUGUGGUUGGGUGGUCUGGAGGAGCUGGCGGUGGCCCGUCGGUUGCCCAAGGCCUACAGCACCGGCUUCGUGGGCUGCAUCAAGGACGUGGUGGUGGACGGCAUGGACCUCCACCUGGUGGAAGAUGCCUUAAACAGCCCCAAAAUACUACACUGUUCCGCCGCCAAAUAACCCAGCAGAGACAAAAUAUUGAGGAAAAACCGAGAAAAAAAAAAAAAAGAAACCCUCCCACUCGCUCCCUCCAUAGCGCCCAUGUCUCCUGCUGUAAUUAUUUUCUAUUUUUGUAUACUUUUCAUCGCUUUUUAUAUGGAAAGAGAAUGAAUAUGUUGUUUUAAUUUUUGUUUCAUAUAUUUUGUUCUUUUUUUUUUUUUUUUAUCUGCACCUCCAUAAACAGAACACACUUUCUUUUUCUUUACAGCCCCUGGCCCCUUCAUCUUUUCCACACAAAAAAAAGCAGGCAUCUCUGUGAAAAAGAGAUAUUUUUAUUAUUGUCAGUUUUGUUGUUUUAAAACAAACGCCAACUUUAGAGAAAAGAGAAAAAAAAAGCCUGCUCCUUUUUUCCCUCGCUCAUUACUUGAAAACUGGUGGACCUCGGUGACGAUCUCUGGUUACUGCCUUGUCUUGGUGCCAUAUCUAUCGUCCACAUUCCCCAAGCAUGGCGUAUAUAUCCAUGAGUACAUAGACAUACAUUCCCCCUCGUGAGAGCUGGACGCAGUGAACGCUGUGACUCUUUGAUGCUGCAGCCAGCUGGCGUCUCCACUCAAGAAACUCUGUAAUCAGCCCCGGUAGCCCACUGUAUUUUCCUAAUGGGACUUUUCAGAUAUCAGUCAAAGCUGCUACAGUGAGAAAGUACACAGUCGAAAACCACUCCAUCAACCCCCCAUCUCACAGCGCCAAAAAAAACACACAAAAAAAAAACUCUCCACUCAAUCUGAAUCCCAUCAGAGCCUUUAGUUUUGAAAUAUGACUCACUAACACUUGCAACAUGACGGAGAGAGCGCUGCGUUCCACGAUGACUCGCAUAUCAUUAGUCAUAAGUCAAGACGAAAUAAUAAAUGUUAUAAAUAUAGAGUAUAUAAAUAAUACCUGAGACUGUGAAUAUGUAAGAUGGGAUCUCUUAGGAGAAUUGUGCUUCUCAUGUACUUAUUGUGCGUUCUGUUUUUCCAAUCCGCAGAUGAACUAAUGAUGACCACUAUAAAUGCAUGCACUUCUGCAGUGUUGGUUUUUUUGAAUCUGGUUUUUUGUUUGUUAUACUUUUAUUUUGGAAAAAAAAAAUCUAAUUUGGAAAAUGUCACUGUUUGGGGGUUUGUUUUUGUCUAUAAAAAGGUUCCUUUUAUUCUUUUAUUUCCACUGAUGUGAUUUCAGAAACUACAGAGCUCUGAAUAAUGUUUUAUAUUUGUUUAUUCCCUGCAUAUUUUUUUUGUUAUUAUUGUUUCUUGGGAGCAGUUAGUUUUGCAGGACAUUGAAUUGUGCAUAAAGGGGAAGAGUUGUUACCAUAUCUGACCUUAAGGAGGUGCUGAAAGCAAAGACUGAAGAAGAAAAAAGGACAGACAGAAAAGGAGGCGAGGAGAGAUCUUAUCAUGGGGAGAGCUACUACUCUUGGGAACGUCUCAUCAAACAGCAGUCAGCCGGCAACACAAACAAACAAAAACUCUACCUGAGACUUAAUUUCUUUUCAUAUUUGACAUAGGAGCAUUCCUGGAGGAGUCUUUUCUUCGGCUGUUGAGAGAAAGAAAGAAAGAAAGAGGAGAGACUGUGAUGUUGUUGUGACCUUUUGAAGCCAUAACAACAGCAAAAAUGGAAAAAGAUGCAUAAUCCUACAGUACUUGCAAAUUUAACAUAGUAACGCAUGGGUUUGUAUUACUAGUGCGAAUUCUGUAAUCCUUCAGUGAACUGAUGCAACGUGGAGUCGUCUUCGCUGAACCACAAUAAGCUGCGACGACUGAUUUAAGGACUCUUGUUUUGAUAUGAGAACUUUGGCAAUAUUCUGAGACAAAAUCAUGCCUGUUUGUGAUUGAGUAUCAAAUGGUCUUGUGCUACUUUUUUUCCCCCUUAAGUUCUUAAUUAUGUUUCUUUUUCCUUCUUAAAAUCAUCAAACGACCUGUUUUUGUACAGCCCUGCAAUUUUUAAGUGUAAAUUUAGCAAAAAUGUGUUAUCUGUGGAGGUUUAUGUUUUUAGUAAUAUACACUGGAACCAUGUCUGACUUGUCUGUUCGACCACACGAUGAUAUACUUAUGUACAUGGGGGAGGGACAGCCCUAAAGCUAUAAUUGUGUUGUGUGUAAUCAAGCUCUGAGUGUCCGCACCAGACCAGGAAAACCCCUAUCCUGGUGUCCAGAGACAUGUUUAAAAUUCCAGCACUCACUCUAUUAACCUUAGACUGGUCUUAUUUUACUACGCUGUUCUUUGAAUUUGAUCCAUUCAGGUGGUGACGCUUCAUAACGGAGACAUUCCUGUGUAUUUGGAUGGACUCGAGAACAAUAAAAGACAGUUGCAGUCUCUGGUUUGGGUGGAAACUAUUUGCCUUAAAAACUGGUCACCUGGACUCUGAGCAGGUGACAAAGACGUCAUCCAUAUAACUGUUUUCCUUAUUUUAGCCAGUGUAUUAGCCUCAUCCCCAUAAUGUAAAGGAGUAAUACAUAAUAAUAAUGAUAAUUAUAUUAGUAAUAAUGCUCAUACACAAAAGAAAAUCCCAGGGGGCCUCUGCAAAUGUCCCCUCUGGCUUUUUACAAAAAAUCUUCUAUUUACUGUUUUUUGAAUCUAUUUUCUGUUCCUUAUUUAUGUCUACAUGUGGAUGACCCUCCAUGUCUGGCCUCUGUAAACUACUGUCUGACUGCGCAAACCUCCUCAAAGGGCAGUGCACCGAGUAAGAGUGGCAUGACCUGAACAUUACUAACUUUAUGACCUUUGUCUUGUGUUCCUACCACCAUGAAAUAAAAUGUCAACCAAAUGGA